AUGGACCCGCCAGUGCACUCCUGGUGGCGUCCCUACGAGGGCAGGCCUCACCCCCACAGCCCCUCGGGCUUCGCCUCUGCAGUGCAGAGCUGCCGCGGCUCCUCUCUGUCUCUCGAGUCGGUGCAUGAGUUCGUCGAGCCCUCAGCAGCAGCAGCAGCAGCAGCAGCAGCAGAUGCUGCUGCUGCAGUGGACAGCGGCUUGCCUUCCUUCAGGCCCGGCUGCAGGGACCAGUUCGAAGGGCCCACAGAAGAGCCCCCGGACUCUCCGAUGACCUUCAGAAAUGCCUUUCACGCAGCCCAAGCCGCAGGCAGCAACCGGCAGCAGCAGCAGCAGCAGCAGCAGCAGCAGCGGGGAGGCGGCGCUGCGCCAGUGGCGCAGCAGCUGCGGGCAAACGAACACAAGAUGGACCGGCUGGACCGCGUGGAAGAGAUUUUGCAAAAGUUAAUUUUGGAGGCGAAGAUUUUGAGAGAAGAAAAUGUGAAGCUGCGGAGCGCGAAGGCGCGGGCGGGGGACUCGCUGGGGUGUACGUACACCGCAGCAGCAGCAGGCCCCAGCAGCAGCAGCAGCAGCAGGGCGGAAGUGGAAAGGGAAGUGGGGAGACUGCGGCAGAAGCUGAAGGAACAGGAAAAGGAGCUGCAGCUGCUCAGAGAGAUCAACCAAAUGAGCAGCUGCUUGAGUGACGAGGCCUACACUACUCUGGCGAUGGGAGGCACUGCGGAGGAAGCGGAAUCGGAAGACUUCGUUUCCGAGGAUGUUUCGGAGUUGCAAAGGCUUUUAAAAAUGCGAAAAGAAGAAAUAAAAAGAGAAAUAAAAGAAAAUGAAACUGCAAAAAGUGAAAUUCAACUUCUGAGGGCCCAGCAGGCGAGCGCCAGGAAAGAGCUGCAGCAGCUCAGGGAGGAGUGCGGCCGCCUGAAGGGGGAGCUGCAGCAGCAGCAGCAGCAGCGCGCUGCCUGCGCAGCAGCAGCAGCCAAGUUCGGCGCAGCAGCAGCAGCAGCAGCAGCAAGAGGCGAAGAAGACAGCAGAAUCCAACAAGUCGAAAUCCUCAAAGAAAAACUCGAGACAGAAAUCACCGCCGAAAGAAAACUAAACGCCGACUUGAGGGCAGACAAGACUGAGGCCCAACUGGAGCUGAGUCGGCUGCGGCGCGCGUGGCGGCUGGCGGAGGCGCAGCAGCAAAAGGGAAAAGAAGUGCUGCAGCAAAAGGAGAAGGAGCUGCUGCUGCUGCUGCAGCAGCUGGAGUGCAUGGCCACUGAGCGGGACAAGUUUGUCAGCAAAGUGCAGCAGCAAAGAGAGCUGCUGCAGCGCUGCCGCAGUUAUAUUUUAUUUCUGGAGAAGAUCAUCAAAGACCUCAAGCGCCACAUCGUCGCCCAAGCUGUACAUACACCCCAGCUGCCCCCAGCAGCCGCAGCAGCAGCAGCAGCAGCAGCAGCAGCGAAGGAGACGCGCCUCGCGCCCUCCCGCAAGCAGCACGCGAAGAAAACGGAGCAGCAGCACAGCAGCAGUCAAACUGACAAGGCCAAGAGGGGCCCUGCGUGGGGUAGAGAGGCAGCAGCAGCAGCAUCUGCUGCUGCUGCUGCCUCUCUACCCCACGCAGGGCCCCUCUUGGCCUUGUCACCCCUGGCGGCUGUUGGCUACCGACUCACCCCUUUGCCCUUCAGCCCGUAUGAGAGCAGAUGCGCCAGCAGCAGGGCCAGCAGCAGCAGCAGCAGCAGCAGCAGCAGCAGCAAGGGCUGCUGGGAGGAGGACAAAGGGUCUAUAGAGCACCUGAAACAGCUGAUGCAGAAGGCAGCAGCAGAAAUCCGAGCAACAGCAGCAGCAGCAGAGAGACACAAAAAGAUGAAACAAAAAGCAGCAGCAAAAAGAGACAGCAAAUCCAACUCUCCAAACUCCAGGGGGGCCCCCUCGCUGCUGCUGGACACUUCCCUUCCAGGGGCCCCCAGGGGCUCCUCGAGGGGCCCCAAGAGGGCCCCCUCGGGGGACCAGUCCCUUGGCCGCGCUGACAGCAGCAGCAGCAGCAGCAGCAGCAGCGGCGGCGGCGGGGGGGAGGGGGCCGGGGGUUUAGGGUUUGAUGGUUUGACAUUUGGAGUGGAAAGGGCUUUUGAAUCUUUGCUGGAAGAAGAAGAAGAAAUAAGAAGAGAAGAGAGGCGCGGGAGCAGCGGGUACAGCUUCAGCAGCAGCAGCAGCAGAGCAGCAGCAGCAACAGCAGCAGACAAACUCGCCCGGGACAUUUCCAUUCGGUUUCCUGCUGCUUUCAAGCGGCUGCAGAAGCACAUUUAUAAAGACAGAGGGGCACCUCGCCUCAAUUAA